UGAUAAUUUUGGCGGUGCAAUAGUAAAAAAAAGGCGCGUUUUUUUUUUCUUCAAAUUUUUAAUUUUAUUUCCCUUUUAAGUUUGGAUGCUCAUUUUUCAUCCUCAGUUUGUCCAAGUUUGAACGCUCACCUCAAACCUUUCACCCUCAAAUCUCAAACCAUCCUCACCUCUCAUCCCUCAAAUCUCAGACCCUCCUCGAACUCACUCUCUCUCUCAGUCUCGCAGACAAGUGGCUCACCUCUCAUCCCUCACUUCCUCCCACAUCGCUGAUUUCUUUUUCGAUCUCACUGUUCAUCGGUUCUCCCCCAAAUCAGGUAUCAAAGAAAUUAAAGUUUUCUGGCUUGCCGUAGAACCCUGGUUAUGCAAGAUGAGGAGUAUGCUGGUGCUCUGGGGUGCAGGGUGGUAGAAUCGCAAGGGAUUGAGAUAGAACUGCUCUGUUGCCACGGUAGCUGGGGAGGUCUCUGGAGCUGCACAGCGGUCUGAUGAUAAGAGGGUGUACUGGCGGAGUGUAGUUUUGUAUAGAUGUCGCAGUUGAUUACUCGUCGUCGGAGUGUGACCAAUGCACCUCCUGCAUUAUCAGCAUCUACGGCUCCAGCCGUGAGUGCUCCAUUGAUUAGCGAGCCUACACCCUUUGCUGAGGCCACUCCUACGGCGUCCCAGGUGCCCGUAUCAUCGACGUCAUCAGUGUCAGUUGAGCAGCUCAGUGCACGGCGGCCUCAUCGGCGGCGCCGUGAGCCGGAACCUUCUGAUCACACUUCUUCGGAAUCCAGAGUCGAGUGCGAGGCCUCCCAUCCAGCUAAAAAAAACACCAGAGGGCCUAGUCGAAUGCUGAAGCAGUCACAGACCGCACGACAGGCCGCCUCCAAGAUCAAGAUUGUGUAUGACGCGCAACAUCGUGGAGCAGCUACCUCACAGCAACAUAGCUUCAUUGCUAGUAGCUGUGGUGUUGUUAUUCGAGACAAUUGUCCUUUUCAGUGGGAGUCUUGGGCAGAAAUUCCCGAGGAGACGAAGAGAAUGGUGCGACACAAGUUGUCGGUCAUUUAUGAUCUUGAGGACAUAUCCCUUGAGGUCAUGAACUACUUAGAGGAGACCUUAGCAAACCGGUACAAAAAUUGGAAGAGCACUUUUCACACGUUUUUUAAGCGAUGGGAUGAUCCAGAGAUUGCUCGCCUACAUGUUCCAAGCGAGUUAAAGGACCGACCAGAUGAUUGGGAGUGGCUCUGCAAACAUUUUACUGACCCAAAAUUUGUGAAGAAAUCUGUUGCUGGCCAAAAAGCUCGUGAGUCAAAGACACUUCUCCACCAUUCCGGUUCGAAACCCUUUUCGUAUAGGCUUCAGACACGACGUCAGGAGGGUUCUAAGUUCCCAGCAAUCGACAUGUUUAAGGACGUUUACGUUCGACCUGGUCAGGAGAUUACUGAGCAGUUUCAUGCUACUAUGGUGGAAAAGAGCACUUCUGUUCUCCAAGAAGCAACAUCGCAGCUUCCCCCGGAGACCCCGAUCGAGGACGUCACGAUACCUGAGGAUGUAGGUUUUCAGAUCAUGACUGAUGUCCUGGAUCAGAACUUAGGUCGUCGUCGUGGCAAGGUUGUUCGGUGUAUGGGGAAAGCACAGAUUCGUGAAACGGGUGCCUCUUCUUCCAUAUCAAACGCAGAGGUAGAUGCAUUGAAGGAGGAAGUGACAACCCUAAAGGCCCAGGGUGAGCAGAUGAAGGAGCAGCUGAGGGCCCAGGGCGAGGAGAUGAAGUCAUAUGCCGGGGCGUGGAGAGACCUUGUACAAGCCAUACAGAUGUCCGGCCUUCAAAUCUCACUACCAGCACUUCAUCUUGGUCCACCUUCGACCUCAGAGCCACCUCGCCCUGCUGAUACCUAGUAGCUUGAUGUAUUAAACCUAGUUCACUUUUAGUUUUUUCUUUUUUGUUCGGAUCUUGUAUGUACAUUUUCAUAUAUUUUAUAAUUAAAUACUUUUGCUUGGUUAA